GAUGCUCUCAAAAGAGCUCUGGACUGAUGAGUUAGGAAUAUCGUUCUCUCUCUUGAUUAUCUCCAUUGAUGCUCUUUUAGACCUUGACAUCAGAAACAGACCAGGGCAUAGUGCCAUAUGGAGAAUUGAUAGAUAAACAGCAAACACUAAAUUCAGUUUUCACCAUUACAAUCUAUAAAGAACUCUAUGACGACGAUCCCAUCCUUGAGCAGUUGAUUUCUUGCCCUGGAAAAAAGAGCAACUAACUUUAAACUCCUUUUGGGUUCAAUCGGACAAUUGUUCGGACGAGCAUCGCGAUCGCGAGCGGGAGUUACUCAGCAAAACAUCACGCUACCCUUGAAGGUCCGAGGGAGAACGAUGCAGUUUUAAGAUUGAACACCCCCAUUAUCUCCAUCCCGCGUUCCCGCACCAAUCCUUGAACCUUUAGCAAAGGCGGGCGCUGGGAGAGUGACGAACAUGAAUUCCCAUGCUACCUUUGAACUUCCAACUCUUCACUAUGUUCUCGCGCUCCAAUCCAUUGUUCCACUCGGGCACCAAACCCUCCGGCUCUCGAACUUGUGUCCCCGGCUUCGGCCGUUCCUAGUUCUGUCCAUCGCACUGUUUAUGCUAUUGCUGCCAAAUGUCAUUGUAAAAGCUGGUGAUUCUUUGGUCGCAAAUGUGUUUGGCAAGGUGUUCUCGCUGAUCACCACAACAAAGUUUGUCAACGUUGGGCUGCGAUGGUCGAAUAAAGGGUUAUAUGAGAAAAGUUUGUCAGGGUUGACAAAGCUGAUGUUUCUUCGACCGGAUGGAAAGAGUUUGAAAAAGAGCGAUGACGACGCCGAUAUUGCAGAGAAGAAACGCACCUUGAAGGAACAGGCGCGUCGUGGCAAGAGGCAACGCACUCAUCCCCUUCUCACCCCGGUCUCCAGAUUGAUUGCCAAUGUAACGAUAAGUUAUAUUGCCAUUAACUAUAUCUAUUUGUACUUUCGAAGCCAUCCGGCUCGCCCUCACGACGGGACCAUUACGACCGUUCUCCUCCAUAACACAGUGGUCACAAAUCGGCCUCUCCUCAUCCAAAGCUACCUAUAUGCUUUUGGAAUAUACCUGGCAAUGAACAUCCUGUACAUUCCGUUGGCGACCUUGUUCUGCAUCUUGCUAGGCUCAAGCGUCGACAGUGUGCCUCCCGUGCACAAUAUGCCUUUCCUGGCAACCAGUCUUAGAGACUUUUGGAACCGAAGAUGGAACGUCCUCACUAAAGGCGAGCUGCGGGAUUUGGUCUAUUUGCCUGUCUUAAGGGGCCUCGGGUGUCCAGAGUACGUCAAGGACAAGGUAAACUUUCCCGUGAGUCCUUGGAAGCAUCUGGUAGCGGGCAUGGCCACCUUUAUUUACAGUGGGUUGAUGCAUGAAUACAUCAUGUGGAUGUUUUUCGGAAAGAUGGAUGGAGAACAACUGGCUUUCUUCACUCUGCAAGGGGUCGGAGUGUGUCUGGAAGUUGGAUUUACCAAGCUGCUUGCGAGGUUGGGCUUCAAUCGAUUUGUGGGCCGAAACAGUUGGUGGGCUGGAAGAAUUUGGGCCAUGGCUUGGCUAUUGUGGACGAGCCCGUUAUUUUUGAAUGGGUUUGUCCGGGCUGGGAUUUUAGAAAAGUGGAAGAUCAUUCCAUUGUUUAUAUAAGCUGAUUUUUAUUGACCGUCUCCGGUGGGGCAUCGUGUAUAUGAAUAUGACAAAAGUCGCUCUUAAACUCUGUGUCUUGUUGACACAUUGAACGGA